CCCAGAAUGCAAAGUGAGACACCAGCACCGAGACCUCAGCCUCAAGCUUUUCGUGUUAUCAUGGCGACAAGAGCCGCAUCUUCCCCUUGAGUCUCAGCAACAACAAAGGACUCACCUCCUCCACUACAUGAGAACACACACCGAGUCCCGGGGAGAGCGGAGACCUGCCGGAGUUUCAGCCCAGAUUGGAGCCAGGACAUAGCGAGUGACCGACAUGGCAGCGUCGGAGCUGUACACAAAGUGUGCUCGGGUGUGGAUCCCCGAUGCAGAGGAGGUGUGGAAGUCUGCUGAGCUGGUCAAGGACUACAAAGGCGGCGAUGUCUCCCUGCAGCUCAUGCUGGAGGAUGGAACGAACAUUGAGCACAAGUUGGACCCCAAGACAAAGAACCUGCCUUACCUGCGAAACCCUGACAUCCUGGUAGGCGAGAAUGACCUCACAGCGCUCAGCUACCUCCAUGAGCCAGCCGUGCUGCACAACCUCAAAGUCCGCUUCAUCGACUCAAAGCUUAUCUACACUUACUGUGGAAUCGUCCUGGUGGCCAUCAACCCCUAUGAGACGCUCCCUAUCUAUGGCACUGAUAUCAUCAACGCCUACAGCGGCCAGAACAUGGGAGACAUGGACCCCCAUAUCUUCGCUGUGGCAGAGGAGGCUUACAAACAGAUGGCCAGGGAUGAGAGGAACCAAUCGAUCAUUGUGAGCGGGGAGUCCGGAGCAGGAAAGACAGUAUCAGCCAAAUACGCCAUGAGAUACUUUGCUACAGUCAGUGGCUCUGCCAGUGAAGCCAACGUCGAGGAAAAAGUGUUGGCUUCCAACCCCAUCAUGGAGGCCAUUGGAAAUGCAAAGACCACCAGAAAUGACAACAGCAGCCGCUUUGGGAAAUACAUUGAGAUCGGCUUUGACAGCCGCUACCGUAUCAUUGGCGCCAACAUGAGAACAUAUCUACUGGAGAAAUCACGAGUUGUGUUUCAGGCGGACGAGGAGAAUUAUCAUGUUUUCUAUCAGCUUUGUGCAUCUGCUCAUCUACCUGAGUUCAAGAAUCUGCAGCUGGGCAGUGCAAACGACUUCCUGUACACCAGGCAGGGCCGCAGCCCCGUUAUCGACGGUGUGGAUGACACCAAGGAACUUUGCACCACUCGAAAUGCCUUCUCACUGCUCGGUAUUAAUGAGUCCUAUCAGAUGGGGUUGUUCCAGGUGUUGGCAGCUAUUCUUCAUCUGGGAAAUGUGGAGAUAAAGGACAGAGAUUCAGACAGCAGCCUUAUUCCUCCCAACAAUCGCCACCUGACCGCGUUCUGUGAUUUGGUGGGCGUCACCUACCAGGAUAUGGCUCAGUGGCUCUGCCACAGGAAAUUGAAGACAGCCACUGAGACAUAUGUGAAGACCCUCCCUCGUUUGCAGGCCACCAACGCCCGAGAUGCACUCUCCAAACAUAUCUACGCCAAGCUGUUUAACUGGAUUGUAGAGCACGUCAACAAAGCACUGAUCACUAAUGUCAAACAGCACUCCUUCAUCGGUGUGCUUGACAUCUAUGGGUUUGAGACAUUCGAGAUCAACAGCUUUGAGCAGUUUUGUAUAAACUAUGCCAACGAGAAACUCCAGCAACAAUUCAAUAUGCAUGUGUUCAAGUUGGAGCAGGAGGAAUACAUGAAGGAGCAGAUCCCUUGGACCCUGAUUGACUUUUAUGACAAUCAACCCUGCAUCAACCUCAUAGAAGCUAAAAUGGGCAUCUUAGACCUGCUGGACGAGGAGUGCAAGAUGCCCAAAGGUUCAGAUGAUUCAUGGGCUCAGAAACUGUACAACACCCACCUGAAGACCUGUUCUCUGUUUGAAAAGCCACGCAUGUCCAACCGCGCCUUCAUCAUUCAGCAUUUUGCAGACAAGGUAGAAUACCAGUGUGAUGGUUUCCUGGAGAAGAACAAGGACACAGUGAAUGAAGAACAGAUCAAUGUGCUCAAAGCCAGCAAGAAGUUCAACCUGCUGGUGGAGCUGUUCCAGGAUGAGGAGAAAGCCACCAGUCCAACUGGUCAAGUCCCAGGCACUGGCGGCCGGACCCGCCUCAGCAUCAAACCGGACAAGGGUCGGGACAAGAGCAGCAAAGAGCACAAGAAGACUGUCGGCUGCCAGUUUCGUAAUUCUCUUCAAAUGCUGAUGGAGACUCUGAAUGCGACCACUCCACAUUACGUCCGCUGCAUUAAACCCAAUGACUUCAAGUUGGCCUUCUCGUUUGAUCCUAAACGUGCAGUGCAGCAGCUCAGAGCCUGUGGUGUCCUGGAAACCAUUCGCAUCUCUGCUGCAGGUUUCCCAUCCAGGUGGACAUACCAGGAGUUCUUCAGCCGUUACAGAGUGCUGAUGAAGCAGAAGGAUGUGCUCCCUGACAAGAAGUUAACCUGCAAAAAUGUUCUGGAGAAGCUAGUGCAGGACCAGGACAAAUACCAGUUUGGUAAGACCAAGAUCUUCUUCAGGGCUGGACAGGUUGCAUAUCUGGAGAAGCUGAGGGCAGACAAAUUGCGUGCUGCCUGUAUCCGCAUCCAGAAAACCAUCCGCUGCUGGCUCGCACGAAAGAAGUACCUCCGCAAACGCAGCGCGGCCAUCACCAUCCAGAGGUUCACCAGAGGAUACCAGGCUCGCUGCUUGGUCAAGUUUAUGCGUCGCACGCAGGCAGCCACCACCAUCCAGAAGUACCAGAGGAUGUACGUGGCGAGGAAGCGUUACAGGCAGAAGCAGGCAGCUGCCUUGGCGAUGCAGACAAUCCUCAGAGCUUACAUGGCCCGCCAGAAGUAUCAGGCGUUGUUGCGGGAGCACAAGGUGGUGAUCAUUCAGAAGUUUGUUCGGGGCUGGUUGGCGCGAUGCUGGUACAAGCGCUGCCUCGAGGCCAUCGUCUACCUGCAGUGCUGCAUCCGCAGGAUGAGGGCCAAGCGCGAGUUGAAGAAACUGAAGAUCGAGGCUCGGUCUGUGGAACACUUCAAGAAGCUCAACAAAGGCAUGGAGAACAAGAUCAUGCAGCUGCAGAGGAAGAUAGACGAACAGAGCAAGGAAAACCGUUUGGUCAACGAGAGGCUGGUCGGUUUGGAGAGUUCUUACACAUCAGAGACCGAACGGAUGCGCGGCGAACUCGGCCGGCUGCGUGGCGUGGAGGAUGACGCGAAAAACAAAGCCAACCAGGUGUCGUCGCUACAGGAGGAGCUGGAGAGGCUGAGGAAGGAGCUGAGCACCACACAGCAGGAGAAGAAGACCAUCGAGGACUGGGCUCAAAGCUACAGGGACGAAAUGGAGAAGAUGGUAGCAGAACUGAAGGAUCAGAAUGGUUUGCUGAAGACGGAGAAGAACGACUUGAACAGGUUGAUUCAGGAACAGAGUCAGCAGAUGACCGAGAAAAUGGCCCGUGCAAUAGCGCAGGAGACUCAGCAGCUGGAGACGGAUCUGAACGAGGAACGCUCUCGUUACCAGAAUCUCCUGACAGAACACCUUCGCCUCGAGGAGAAAUACGACGACCUGAAGGAGGAGAUGGCUUCUUCGAACGUCUCCAAGCCUGGUCACAGGAGAACAGAUUCUACUCACAGCAGCAACGAGUCCGAAUACACCUACAACUCAGAGUACGCCGAGCUGGAGGACGGCUCUCGCGCCGCAGAAGAUGUGACACGAGGAAUCGACACUUCACUCACUUUGAAGCUGCAGAAGCGUCUCACAGAACUAGAGCAAGAAAAGCAGUCGCUGCGCAACGAACUCGAAAACAAAGAGGAACAGUUCCAAAGGGCUAGAGCCAGGGAUGAUGCAGAGCAUAAAAAGGCUCGUGGUGCGGAGCUGGAGUACGAGUCCCUGAAGCGUCAGGAGCUGGAGUCAGAGAACAAAAAGCUCAAACACGACCUGGCAGAGAUGAGGCAAAGCCUGCUGGGAGAUGCAGCUACUGGUGCCGGGGCCCCAGGGUCUCCGGCCUACAAGGUGCUCCUGGACCAGCUCACAGCAUCAUGUGAGGAGCUGGAGGUUCGUAAGGAGGAGGUGCUGAUCCUGCGCUCCCAACUGGUCAGCCAGAAGGAGGCCAUGCAGCACAAGGAUGAGAAGGAGACCAUGACCGAACCCUCUGUGUUUGUGGAGGAUGUGAACAAACUGAAGGAUGCUGAUGAAAUCAAGCAGGCUUACAUUGGCCUCAAAGACACCAACAGAUUACUGGAGCACCAGCUGCAGACUCAGCGCAGAAGUUACGAUAAUGAGGUGGAGUCUUUGCGCGGCGAGCUGCAGAAUGUCAAGGAGGAGAACAACCGUCAGCAGCAGCUUUUGGCUCAGAACCUCCAGCUGCCUCCAGAGGCUCGAAUCGAAGCCAGUCUGCAACACGAGAUCACACGUCUCACCAACGAGAACCUGGAACUCAUGGCUGACGACCCCACAGCGUCCCGGGAAGCUCGAGUCAUCAUAUUGCGGCGGAUGGUUGAUCUGAUGGAGCAGCUGGAGAAGCAGGACCGAACCAUCCGCAAGCUCAAGAAGCAGCUGAAGGUUUACUCCAAGAGGAUUGGAGAGAUGGGAGCGGGUCAGACCGAGGGACAGACAUCUCCAGGACAGAUGGUGGACGAGCCCAUCCAUCCAGUCAACAUCCCCCGCAGGGAGAAAGACUUCCAAGGAAUGUUGGAAUACAAGAAGGAGGAUGAGCUGAAACUGGUGAAGAAUCUGAUUCUUGAGCUGAAACCUCGUGGUGUAGCAGUGAAUCUGAUCCCAGGUCUGCCGGCCUAUAUCCUCUUCAUGUGUCUGAGACACGCAGACUAUGUCAACGAUGACCAGAAGGUCCGCACUCUGCUCACUUCAACCAUCAACAGCAUCAAGAAGAUCCUCAAGAAACGAGGGGAUGAUUUUGAGACUGUCUCCUUCUGGUUGGCCAACACCUGUCGCUUCUUACACUGUCUGAAACAAUACAGCGGAGAUGAGGCCUUCAUGAAGCACAACACCCCGAGGCAGAAUGACCACUGUCUGUCAAACUUCGACCUUGCCGAGUACCGACAGGUGAUCAGUGAUUUGGCCAUCCAGAUCUACCAGCAGCUCAUUAAGUGCAUGGAGAACAUCCUGCAGCCCAUGAUAGUCUCUGGAAUGCUGGAACACGAGACCAUCCAGGGCGUGUCAGGGGUGAAGCCCACAGGUCUUCGUAAGCGGACGUCCAGCAUCGCGGACGAGGGAACCUACACACUGGACUCCAUCCUGCGGCAGCUCAGCGCCUUCCACUCCACCAUGUGUCAACACGGCACCGACCCUGAGCUCAUCAAACAGGUGGUGAAGCAGCAGUUCUACAUCAUCGGAGCCGUCACCCUCAACAACCUGCUGCUGCGCAAGGACAUGUGCUCCUGGAGCAAAGGCAUGCAGAUCAGGUACAAUGUGAGCCAGCUGGAGGAGUGGCUUCGAGACAAGGGCCUGAUGGUCUGCGGGGCCAAGGAGACUCUGGAGCCUCUGAUCCAGGCCGCUCAGCUGCUGCAGGUGAAGAAGAAGACCGACGAAGACGCCGAGGCCAUCUGCUCCAUGUGUCAGGCCCUGACCACCGCUCAGAUUGUGAAGGUGUUGAACCUCUACACUCCAGUCAAUGAGUUCGAGGAGAGAGUUUCAGUCGCAUUCAUUCGAACCAUACAGACUCGCUUACGAGACCGCUGCGAGACCCCGCAGUUAUUGAUGGACACAAAGAUGAUCUAUCCCGUCACCUUCCCGUUCAAUCCUUCCUCGCUGGCUUUGGAAACCAUCCAGAUCCCCGGCUCCCUCAACCUGGCCUUCCUCACCCGAGUCUAAACCGAGCCGACGCUAGACACCCCAGGUCACAUGACUCCCACCGGCUCCAAUUAAAAGACUUGACCCAAAACACCUGACCAUCACAGAAGAAACAGCUGUAAUAUAAUGAAAAUACUCAACACAUUGUUCUUUAUAUGCCAACAAUUCGAGCCUUUAGAUCCAAAAACGUGAAAAGCCUCUCAGUCCCAGUACUUUGUUUUGUUGUUGUUGUUGUUUUUGCUUUUGGCACAAACACACACAGUGAGCAGCAAAUUGGAAUGAAUGGGAAACCACCUCUAAAUCCAAUCUACACUCCUCUUAACAUGUCUCUUAUCUCAACUUGAACUUGCACAUGUGACAUGCAAAAUGACACAAACCUAGUGACCUUCCAAAAUGCAUCUCUACAGUGUGUACAUCCUCUGAAUUAUUAAAACACACACAGUUGCUGCCGCCGCUGAUUUCCAUCGGGUCUCAAAGCGCCGUGAUCCAUCCGUCCACCGCUUGUAUAAACGCCUACUUCUUAGAAAUCAGGAUCAGAUCAAAGCCUCUAGUAUCUGCCCUCCAUCCACCACCGGGUCCAUCCUAGUGUUGACCCUGAUACCCGACCCACCCACCCCCCACUCCGAUCCCUUCUCUGUGUUUAAAAAGUAAGAUUGUUCUUCUCGUUUCAUCUCGUUCUCCAGAGGGAAUGUAUCAGCUGAUACAUGGAAAAAAAACGUGUUGACACCUCCCAGCGAGGUGCAGCUUUGCAAAGCGUAGUCUGAGCUUGUUACGUUGGGUCACUGCUUUGUCAACGGCAGUGAUGAAGCUCCAAACUCUCUCCAUUGCGUCGUCAAGGUAACAGCAGCCAAGACAAAACUCAUCCUCUGUACUAUAUUAUUUAUACAUAUAUAAAUAUAUAUAAAUAUGAAUAAUAUAUAUCAUGUAUUUUAUUUAUUGCAUUUACCUCCAUCCCCACCCUUCCUUCCUUUUUAAAGAGUAGAGUCAUUCUCUUUGCAGAAAAUGGGUCUGAUGUGAAAGAUGGGGGCCGUCGUUCCCGUGAUAAUGCGCUUUGUAAAGACCCUUUUAGUUUUAGUUCCACUCUAGACUAUUUAUGUGGAUAUCAGGUAAAUUAUGUAGUUUAGUCUUAACGAGUAAAGGCGCCGUCUUGUCAGAAAAGCAGAUGAUUACGUCGGUUGACAUAUUUGCAGUCGUAGACGUAUCGGUGUGUCACAUUUGUCCUGCGUUUCCUGCAGACGAGCUGAAGCAGCAGAUUUAACUGAGGGGCGAUUUAGAAGACGUAACGUUCUACGGUCUUUACUGUUUACCGCUGCGACCAGAGAAGAGCUCCUCAAACUUCUUCAUUCAUAACUUCGCACUGAACAUCAGCGGGGGGGUUUUUGGCUCUCUCUCUACUCGCCUCCUCUGGUCACAGCUUUGACAAUGUGUCUGAAAAUGUUUUACUUAGUAUCAUGGUGUGAUUCUACAUUUCAGUAUUUUCUUGAGUAUCGGUAAAGCCAUGUAUCGCAGAGCAGAACGGACGGAAAUGCUUUCACUGAGGUUGGUUUGGAAGGGGUUGCCUCAAAUCUAUCCAGCUUUACUCUUUCUUCAUCUGCUUUAUUUUCACGUUAACUGCAGUUUCUCCCGUGUUUCCUACCUGUCCACCAUAUGCCUUCCUGUUCAGCAGCCAAGAAAGCACAACAUGGGCUCUUAUUACCAAAAACAACAGAUUAUGUUGAACUUUUGCCCUUUUUUGAUGCUCUUUCUACUUGCAACACACUGUUAACGAUCACUAAACCUCUCAAGAGGAUAUUCAAGCCUGUCCUAAAUAUUUAGAGCGUCCUAAACUAGAACACAACACCGUACAGUGACUGUACAGCAUGUACCACAGCAGACCGACCUGCAUGGGCUUGGCUUUACCCCAAAACGAACCUGCAUGUCGCUGCUUUUUUUUUUUUUUUUUUACUACACAGAAACUGCAGUUAAGAGUUGUUGGACAAGAGUCAGGGAAUCUGCCCAUGUU